AUGAAAAGGAACUAACAGCAUCAACAUACACUGAUACGGCGGAAUGGACGACGAAGAAGACUAUCGGGUUGUAUUGGAGAAAUCUCGUUUUGAAAUUGUACAACGACUACAGCUUGACCGAUCAUCAUUGUUCGAUUACUUAAGAAGCAAAGGUGUUUUUGAUGCUAGUGACUGCGAAAUUGUUUUGUCGGAGAAAACAAGAGAGCAGAAAGCGAGCAAAUUCCUUGACAUUUUACAAACUAAAGGGAAAGAUGGCUUGACGUAUUUUUUAGAUAUUCUUCAGCUUCUAAACCCUGGUCUGUAUCAAUGUAUCACCGGCAUGAAAGCAAACCCAUGUCGCAUUUGGGAAAACAUGCGUGACAGGUUUGCAAUCGGCAAUUGUAGUCAAGUUCCAGACGUAGAGCUACUAAGUGGUCAACUAAAACGAACCAUUGACGACCUGCAGGAUUUGGCCCUUCGCAACCAACAACUUCUAAAAGAAAACCACAACUUGGGAAUGAAACUUGACCAGGCGUCUACCGAUCUCGACUUGAAGCAUCGUCGAGUCGAGGUUCUUGAAAAACAAAAACAUCAUUCAGAACGAGGCGUGUUAGAAGCACACAGCAACGCCAACAGACUGAGUGAAUGUGUAACACAACAGCUACGUGUGUUACAACAAGGACUAUUUGAACGUAAUACUUACAUUAUCGCUUUACAAAUGAAACUACUCGCAACAGAAGAAGAGAUCAAAGAAUCAAGGAAAACACAAGAUGAGUUAAGAGCUAAUAAUGAGAUGCUGUCAGCCAAGUGGCACGAACUUUCCAGGAAUUAUGACCACGAACGAAGAGAAUCGAUGAAACUGAGCGCCAAACUUAAAUCCCAGAAAGGGAACCUUAAGAAAGAGUUCAAACAAAUCAACCAGAAAAUGAUUGACGAAAGAAAUGAGUCACUUUAUAAGCUCGAGGAUCUAAAGGACUGGACGGAAGCACUUAAAGCGAGAUACGAUCUUGUGGAACAGGAGUAUCAGCAGUUACAGCAAAAUUUCGUUUCCGCUGCAACAGAGAACUCAAAGUUAAAAGAAGAGAUAGAAGAAUUGAGACUCCAGUUCUCCUUGAGUAAGAUAAGAGUCAGUGAUUUGAAAGGCUGGAAUGCAGACCUUGAAGAUACUGUCAAACAAUAUCGAGACCAAAGAGACUACUUUUCCGAAGCAAGAAACACUGCUUUGACGGAAAGAGACGAGAUUCACAAGGAGCUCGAGGUAACCAUCUCUCGUUGCAAAGAAAAGCUGACAGAAAGAGAAGCCAUGAUUACCAAGCUAACAGAACAUGGCAAACAGUUUGAAGAAAAGUACGAAUUGGCAUGCACAGAGAUAAAGAAACUACAACAAAGGAAUACAACUGCAGAACAACAACUAGAAGACCUGAGACUUAAGAGAGUCAAAGCAAAUAGCUGUGGUACACAAACUGACAUUAUUGACACUGGGCAAUGUGAAGAGAAUUCAGAGGCAUCGUCUCCAGAUCUGAAUACCGAUGCAAUCGAACAUAUCAAGGGGUAUCCAUGGAAACAUCGUCGUGACGUCAAUGAGAUCAUGCAUAGUGUACGUAAACGAGUAACUGGGCAACACCAUAAGGCGAUGAGUCUUGACCGAUCAUUAGAUAUGCUAAACGUUGAUGGCUCCUUGUCUCAGGAGGCAAAGAAAUGCCUAAGUCUUCAAGGAGGUAAUCUUUUGUUCAAGACUCCUCCAACCUACAGCCUUCUACGUGUCAUGUUUGGUCUAUCCGUGGGCGGCCACUUGGGGAGUUUAGCAGAUUUGUCAGCAGACCAGGAAGAGGAAGAGAAACAGGAAGGUACAUACACAGAUACUACAGACAGUGUUUCACCAGACGACGCUUUUGACAAGUUUAUAGACCUCGAAUACGAUGACGUCGACCAGAACUCGAAUCAGGGACAAUUCAUCAGUAGUGAGAACACUGCAGAGGAGCCAAAAUUAAGAAGAACCUUCACAAAAAGUUUUUCAUCUCCAAAUAUUAAGGUAAAGACCGCUGACGAGCUUAGAAUACCGCGAGACAAAUCGCAAGGCAACGAAGAGGAAGACUUCCACUGGGUUACGGAGCAUGAAUUGGAUAGAGCUCAGUUUGCUGUGAAUGGUAAAGUCAGUGGUAAAAAAAUCAAAUCUCGAUCUCCAGCCUUUCGCCAACGAGCUUGGGCGAUAAAGAAGAAAGGGCAAAGAAGCACAUCGGAACCAGCAAUACUUUUUCCUUGCCACCAAAAUGAACACGUCGAAAUAUCAAGCCAAGAAACUACUGAUAGAUAGUGACAAUUACCAAGCCACGACUGACAACUCAUAGAUAGAGAAUAUUAAUAUCAAGACAUGCGACUGAUAGAUAGUCAUAAUUACCUGACACGACAUACAAAGCCAAGACUUAUAUAGUUAGAUAGUCAAAAUUACCGAGCCUGACAACUGAUAGUGAACAUUACCAUUAGGUACAUUCGCUUGUACGAAGUACAUGUAGUAUUACGGCCAUAGGAAUUCAUACAAAAUCUAUGGAUCAGUGAAGUGUUGGGACCAGUUGUAUAAAGGGUGCUUAUCUUCUUAUCAGCAGUACUGAAGCCUUGCAUUCAUAUCAUCGUCCCAAUCCAUUUGCUUGAGGACUUUCACGCGAUCGCAAGACGAUUCCGGACACCAUUAUGGAAACUAGGCUUUAUCUCUUGCCCUCUGGUUUAGGGUGCAAGAACGAAUUGCAUAUGAAACAUUGCUUGGUUUGAUUUUCACCCUUAAGCAAUUAUCACAUAAAUCAACACAGCCAUAGUUUUAACUAUUAAAAUAGAUUAAGUCUAUAUCACCAUUACUGAGUUGUCCCAUCCAAAGCAUCAAACAUCUAUCAGCAACUAACAGCUAACCAACAAGUAACUGAAGCGCCAUCAAUCUCGUACUACGACAAUCAGUUAGUAACGAAAAAAAAACUCUAUAACAUGAGAAACAUAACCAUAUUUAUCAUAUGACCCGUAUUUCGGCCCUACGCGCGCUCUCACUGAAACCUUUGGAAAAUGGUCACGUGAUGGGAUCCGUACGCCUUUUCGCGACAGGUCCGUACAAACCCGUAGAUGCGCUCGCUGCGCUCGGUCCGUACGGCAUAACCUCGAGCCAAAUAUUUUCCCGUACGGCCCUCCCACUCAGUCAAUAAGUACAUAAUAUCGUCAUCAUAAGAAAAUGGCCAUAGUUCUUAUGCUUACGAUUACGCUCGAUCGCUCCGACUAGUAAGUGGCUAGCUUUUUUAUUAAAAGAAACAAAUGAAAAUCUAUUUUAAAAAUAAAGAUAAAAACUAAUAUGAAAAUAUUGAAAUAAAUGAAUAAAAUGAAGAAAUAAAUUAAUAGACAAACAAAUA